UUCCUUUUUUCCCCACACCUAAACCAUUUCCUCCUUUUUAUAACUAUCUCUAUCUUCCAUCUUCCUCUUCUCUCUCUCUCUCUCUCACUCUUUUUCAUACACUAAAAGGCCAUCUCUUUCUCUCUGUCUCUCUUUUGAAAGAUCAAAGAGAAAAACCAUGCCUGAAGCUCCAACGAACUCUUUGAAACCCAAAGAAUAUAACCUUGCAGAGAAAAACAAGAAGACUCUUCAAUUCAUUGAAGAUGUCACAGAAAACGCUGACGAAGUUCAGAAAAGAGUCCUGGCUGAAAUCCUGUCUUGCAAUGCUCACGUCGAGUAUUUGCAGCGUUAUGGCCUGAAUGGCCACACUGACCGAGACACCUUCAAGAAACUCAUACCCGUCAUCACCUACGAAGAUAUCCAACCAGACAUCAACCGUAUUGCCAAUGGCGACACUUCCCAAAUCCUCUGCUGCAGCCCCAUUUCUGAGUUCUUGACAAGCUCUGGAACAUCAGGUGGGGAGAGAAAAUUAAUGCCAACAAUUGAGGAAGAGCUAGGAAGAAGAUCACUGCUAUAUAGCUUAUUGAUGCCUGUGAUGAACCAGUUCGUCCCUGGUUUAGACCAAGGCAAAGGAAUGUACUUUUUGUUCAUAAAAUCGGAGGCAAAAACACCUGGUGGACUAGUGGCUCGCCCAGUGCUAACGAGCUACUACAAAAGUUCCCAUUUCAAAGAGAGACCAUUUGACCCUUACACAAACUACACUAGCCCAAACGAAACCAUUCUCUGCCAAGACUCGUACCAAAGCAUGUAUUCCCAAAUGCUCUGUGGUCUCUGCCAGAACAAGGAAGUCCUUCGGGUCGGAGCCGUUUUUGCCUCCGGAUUCAUCAGGGCCAUACGCUUCCUAGAGAAGCAUUGGCCUCUGCUCUGCAAUGACAUAAGGAAUGGUACCAUAAACGACCAAAUCACCGACCCAUCAAUCCGAGAAUCCGUGAUGAAAAUCCUCAAGCCCGACCCGAAGCUUGCAGAUUUCAUCGCGAUGGAGUGUGCGAAAGAUUCGUGGCAAGGGAUUAUAACGAGGCUGUGGCCCAACACCAAGUAUGUGGAUGUUAUUGUGACAGGGACUAUGUCACAGUACAUUCCUACGCUCGAUUACUACAGCAAUGGGCUGCCUCUGGUUUGCACUAUGUACGCUUCCUCUGAGUGCUAUUUUGGUGUGAACCUUAAUCCCCUGUGCAAGCCCAGUGAGGUCUCUUACACUCUCAUUCCAACCAUGGCCUACUUUGAAUUCCUGCCGGUUCAUAGAAACAAUGGAGUGGUCAGUACCACCACUAAUUCUCUCUCCGUUGCCAAGUCACUCAACGAGAAAGAACAACAAGAGCUUGUGGAUCUUGUUAACGUCAAGCUUGGACAUGAAUAUGAGCUUGUUGUCACUACCUAUGCUGGACUUUACCGGUACAGAGUUGGAGAUGUGCUCAGAGUCGCCGGGUUCAAGAACAAAGCUCCGCAAUUCAACUUCAUAUGUCGGAAAAAUGUGGUCCUGAGCAUUGAUUCCGACAAGACUGAUGAGGUUGAGCUCCAAAACGCAAUGAAAAACGCUGUGAACCAUUUGGUACCCUUUGAUGCUACUGUGGCAGAGUACACUAGCUUUGCUGAUACUACCACGAUUCCGGGACACUAUGUUCUUUAUUGGGAGCUGAGCCUUAAUGGGUCGACCCCAAUUCCUCCAUCCGUGUUUGAAGAUUGCUGCUUGACCAUUGAAGAGUCUCUCAACAGUGUUUACCGCCAAGGUCGUGUCUCAGACAAAUCAAUUGGGCCCCUUGAGAUCAAGAUUGUUGAACCUGGUACAUUUGACAAGCUUAUGGAUUAUGCUAUCAGUUUAGGGGCCUCCAUUAAUCAGUAUAAAACCCCACGGUGUGUGAAAUUUGCACCCAUUAUUGAGCUUUUGAACUCAAGGGUGGUUUCUAAGUACUUCAGCCCCAAGUGCCCAAAAUGGAUCGCAGGUCACAAACAAUGGUGCAACCAUGAUUGAACGAAAGAAGAUGUGAAGGAAUCUAUAGCUCGCUCUAGCUCUCUAUAGCUGUCGUAGCUACUUUUAUGGACGUUUUACAAAAGAACUGUUUUUGUGAUCAUCUUAGGGAAGAAAAUGGAAAAAAGUUGAUUACCCAUUUUAGGUUAGCCCCUCCAUGUUUUUAUGUCAAUCUUUUUUUUUUUUUUUUUUUUUUAACAUUUUUUUUUAGCCGCUGUUUAAAUAUGCUUAGACUUUAAAGUUAAUUAGCCCAUGUACAAAAACAGUUCCUCUUUCAAGGAAGCUUUUAUGUUGCUUUC